CAUGCAAUCACGAGAUCGAGUUUGGGACCGCCUAACGAACAGACAGUGGAUGCACUGACAGCUAAAUGCAAAAAGCAGGAGAACGCUUUGUUCCUUGGUUGUAUAACAAGGUUGAAGAAAACUCAAUCCCGGGCGUCAUCUGGGUAAAUAAAAGCGACCUUCUCUGUCAAAUUCCGUGGCAGAGAGGAAGCAGGAAGUCUCUAACAAGAGGUCUUACACGCUUGCUGGAAGCUUGGGCAGACUUCUGCGGACGCAGCAAGAAGGCGGAUUUGAGCACUUGUUUGAAGGAAGUCAACUACGCCGUGAAGAAUACAACGGGAUGGCUUCAAACGGUGAAGGUAGAUGAAAUAGAAGGAUACAGACUACUCCAGUUCGACAGAAACGUUUUGCGGGAUGUCACUGAAGAAAGAGAUACAGAAGAAACGCAAAUUGGCAGGAAAAAGUCAAGUCAUGCUAGGCAAGAGCGUUGUCCAGAUGAGAUCGAAGUUAUUGGAAGUUUGAUUGACCUGCUGAACAAAAGCAGUAACUCAAGUCCUGGUACACAGGAGCUCUGUCCAGAUGAGACUGAAGUUAUUGGAAGUUUGAUUGAUCAGCUGACUGCAAGCCCAGCUGAGAUUUCCUAUGAUAUUGACAUCUGCAUAUUCUACUACAAUAAAGAAGUCAUGAGAUUCCGAGUGAGCAAUCCAAGAGGCUGCAGAAUUUACUGGCCUUCUCGUGGUGAUGGCCUGAAAAUCGAUCCAGAAGAACAUGACCGAUUCUUUGGAAGUCAUCUCCGAACACAGGUUGCUCUCCCAUAUCCGGUUUAUGACACACCACCAUUGAGGAAACUUCUGAAAAGCAUGCAAAGAGGCAUCCUCUUGGACAUGUCCAACUACGAUCUAUAUGCCACACAGUAUGGUCGUUGUUCUGUCUACUGCAAUGACACACGCAUAGAGACCACCGAUGCUGGCAAACUGGGUCGGUAUGAGAAAACCAAAGUGUUUGACUACCGAGGCCUUUUCACUUCCCACUUUGAGAAUCAUUGUGCCAAGUUAGGAGGCUGUCCAAGCACUGAGUUGUUUUUCACAUUUGGUCAGAAGUGGCACCACUCGAGACCAGCCGAGGAGAACAUCAUGUCCUUCACUGUCAUUCAUUCAUUGGCAAGGAGUAAGGUGAAGAGAUACCAUCAUGCAAAAUCAACACCAAAACAGAACUUGCAGUUGGAGAUAGCUGAGCCGACCAGUGAAGAUGAGUAUGUCAACAUACUACUGGGCUAUGAUCCACCAUAUCCAUUAUCAUGAGGCGUUUUCUAGGUUGGCAUGUGAGCACAUGAAUGAAGUUCACUGAUAGGUGAACUGAUUGCAGUAUUCAUUAGCUGUUUUAUAUAUAGUUGCAUCACCUCGCUUUCCUACUGGAAAGUACAUGUCUGUAGUUAUCCACUGGAUGCUUUAACACUGAUGUUAGUUUUGCUAAGGUGUUGUUUGUUAGUCGUAUGCCCUUUUGAUAAUUUGAUCCUUUUUGUAGCUA